AUGUCGGCAGAGCUAGGGGACUAUGAAGAUGAGUUGGACUGUCACCACCUGGAGUUAAAGAAAUACGUUCCCAACCAAGAGUACCUAGACCACAAGAUUAUCAAGUUCCACAAGAGACACAGGGGUGUGCCUCCACCGGACUCAGACAUUCACCUGCUGGAGGUGGCCAGGAAGCUGGACAUGUACGGGAUCCGACCACACCCUGCCCACGAUGGAGAGGGAAUGAGGAUAAACCUGGCUGUCACACACUCUGGAGUGCUGAUCUUUCAGGGCAACACCAAGAUCAACACGUUCAGCUGGGCCAAGAUCCGCAAGCUGAGCUUCAAACGGAAGCACUUCCUCAUCAAGCUGCACGACAAAGUCGGGCCGUCACGCAAGGACACGGUGGAGUUUUGCAUGGCGAGUCGGGACGUGUGCAAGUCGUUCUGGAAGACGUGUGUGGAGUACCAUGCCUUCUUCAGACUGGCAGAGGAGCCACAGGCCAGACACAAGACCCUGCUGUCCUGUAAGGGCUCCAGCUUUACAUACAGUGGACGGACACAGAAACAGCUGUUGGAGUGUAUGGGAUCCGCUGAGAAAAAGCACGCACACUUUGAGAGGACACACCGUCAGUCGGACUACGAUCCUCGACAGUGUCGGUCAUCCCCUGAUCUCCUCACAGACGUCUCGAAACAACUUUACGAGCACUCCCAUCAGUUCCCUCGGUCGGGGCGGGCCCUCGUCGUUCGCAGCCAGGAUGAACUGGACCCGCCCUCUCAGGAAGUGCACGACGUUGAAUUCGGCGGAGGUGCCAAGCGCAGCCAAUCAACCGUCGAGGUUCCGCAGCGGUCGCGCCACUUUUCCCAAGUCACCCCUCUCUCUCCGAAUUUCUACCAUUCGGCUCCGUGCCCGAAGUUAAGGUCUGCCUCCACGUCUGUGAUGGAGGACAUCAGAGGCGGGAGGUCGGGGGUGCAGCGGCAAGCCCAGCGGCUGGCCGGUGUUUACGGUAAUCGGUCGCGCCGCAGGCCGCACCCCCAACCACACCCAGACGGCGCACAGCAAUUGGUUCUUCUCUACCCCAACAAUCCUGCGUACCAGUACCACCCUGUGCUUCCCACCUUCCCACUAGCUGGCUAUCCGCCACUCAGCCAGCAGGCCUACUUCACGGAUCACGUUGCCGUUUCCUCAUUAGAACGUUUCCCGCAAUACACGAGGGGGGACUACGUGGCCAUGGAGGGCGUAGCGCCGCGUCCGUCUCUCUACCCAGCGAGCCGCGAUUUUCCGACCCUCUCGCCGCUCAGGAGAAAUUUCCGCCCCUCUAGUUCGGGGGCGUUCGGAUUGGCCAGAGUCUAUCAACCAGGAAGCAACGGCGCGAGGCUGCUGCACGUCGGUCAAACGGAGGCGGGACAUUACAGCGACGACUCCAACUUUCUCCCCGGGCUACCCCGGCGUGUGGCCAGCCAACCAGACGUCAAGUUUCACCUCUCCCGCAGCUCUAACCCCGCCUUCAACCCCGCCUCGGAGUUUCGGCCCCUCGGGUAUUACCCUCACCUCACACGGCCUUCCAGACCCACCUAUCUCCCCCUUAACUCCUCCCCUUUGCCGGAUCGGCCCACGUCAAUGUGCGUGUUAGGCGGCGGGGCCACGGGAAGCUACAGCGAUUCAGACCCUGAGGUGUUCUAUCCAUAUUACUGCCCACCACCCCCGCUGGGAAAUGUGGUACGGCCCACCGGACUCGCAAGAAUGAGGUUUUCCUCCGGGAGCCUCCAACUAGAUGAGGAGGAGGAGGAGGAGGAAGAGGAGGUGGUGGAGGAGGAGGAAAAUAGCUCGGUUACGUUAGUACGGCCGAUGCACCUGACCUACAUUUGA